AUGCAGCGGGCCGAAAGUGACUUCAGAACAGGGCCGUGCUCAACCAAUGCAGAGCAGAUAAAUGCACUUUUUCGAAAGACUUUUGAAGCCAUAACUUCAGAAGAAAAGCAGAAAAUGAACGAGCAGUUCCUCAAACUGCAGUCACAGCUCAACGAUCAAUCUAACGAAAUAGCGCGUAUGAAGGACCAACAAGCACAAGCCGCAGCAUCGGUAUCACAACAAAAGUUCGGAAACAUCGAACCAACUGAUAAUGAAUACUUUGAUCAAAAGACGCGUGAGGUAAAUGAGACGGAGGAGAUGCCUGCUCUUGCAGCAGAAGAACCUGUCGUAGAAGAAAUGGAAGUUCACGAUUCACAUCAGCAUCGGCAGCAAGGAAUUCAAGAGGUUGCCGAUCCACCACGACUGUUCCAGCGCGUAGAAGAACAGGGUGAAGAAGAAGUAUCACUGGAUAACCCCAAAUCAGACCACGACAGCAGUGAAGGCGAAAUGGAAGAGUUGGAAAGGCGAUGUCAUCUCCUCGAACGAAGAAUGGAUCGUAUUCAUGCAGCAUUCCUACGGUUUCCAUACAGGAAGAAAGAAUACCAAUCACCAGGAAUACCUGAAGAUAAACGGUGCGCUUUCUGCUGGGCUAAAGGAGAACACUUCUCGGAAUCAUGCCCAAACGUAAUACAUGGAGAUGAGAGAACAGAGAUGAUAGACGAAGUGGGUUUCUGCCGAAUGUGCUUAGAGCUGUGCUCAAUGGAAAGGGAUUGUCCAUACACAAAUAAAAAUGCUUCUACUGUGAACGAGUAA